AGUCGCGAGCCAGAGGGGAGGGGGCGGCGGGUUUUCAUGUGCCCAGCAUGAGCUCCUACUUCGUCAACCCCCUGUUCUCCAAAUACAAAGGCGGCGAGUCCCUGGAACCGGCCUAUUACGACUGCCGGUUCCCUCAGAGCGUGGGCAGGAGCCAUGCGCUGGUGUACGGGCCCGGCGGCUCGGCGCCCGGCUUCCAGCACGCCUCGCACCACGUCCAAGACUUCUUCCACCACGGCACCUCGGGCAUCUCCAACUCGGGCUACCAGCAGAACCCGUGCUCGCUGAGCUGCCACGGAGACGCCUCCAAAUUCUAUGGCUACGAGGCGCUCCCCAGACAGUCCCUUUAUGGGGCUCAGCAAGAGGCGAGCGUGGUGCAAUAUCCCGACUGUAAAUCCUCCGCCAACACUAACAGUAGCGAAGGACAAGGCCACUUAAAUCAAAACUCGUCUCCCAGCCUCAUGUUUCCAUGGAUGAGACCCCACGUUGGGGAGAAGAGAGGGAGCCAGAGAGGGGAGAAAAAAGAGUGCAUGGAAGGAGAGGGGCCAUGCAGAUUAGAGGGCUCUGGGCUCCAGAGGACCCAAGCCCAGCUGCCCCCAAUCAAAGCUCCGGGGCGGCGCAGCGGAAGGCAAACUUACAGCCGGUAUCAGACCUUGGAACUAGAAAAGGAGUUUCUCUUUAAUCCUUAUUUGACACGAAAGCGCCGGAUUGAAGUCUCUCACGCCCUGGGACUGACUGAGAGACAAGUGAAGAUCUGGUUCCAGAACCGAAGGAUGAAGUGGAAAAAGGAAAACAACAAGGAUAAACUGCCCGGAGCCCGAGAUGAAGAGAAGGUGGAGGAAGAAGGAAACGAGGAAGAGGAGAAAGAAGAGGAGGAAAAGGAAGAAAACAAGGACUAAGCAAAAAAGAGAGACCCCCCCCCCUUAGCAACUCCCUUGAAGUUUCGUUUUAUGGUAGCGGAUAAAUUGAGAAGUUUACGACUGUCAUUUGCUUUUAUAGAGAAUAGAAUGACACUCACAACUCUAACUACCUGUCAGAUACUUGCAGCUCUGGUUUUAUUACCUUUGGACUUCCCCCGAUCUUUAUUUGUUUGGGGGCUGGAGGGGGGGGGGAGACGGAGACACAGCGAAAAGUUCGGACUCUGUCUCAGUCCUUGCCCCAACACACACACUUGUCCCUACCCCCACCCUUCGGAGUCCUGCCUGGAUUUUGAGGUCUGAGACCUGGCCUCUUUGCCCCUCUGUCACCCCUUCCUGCCACUCUCCCACCUCCCUGCUUCUCUGGUAUUUAUUUUAGAGGGGAGCCCUCUCAAAAUGCAGAAGAAGACUUGUGGCUUUGUGUUUAUGCUAGGGUUAGUGUAUUAGAUUUACUUUUAAUUUUUUCCAAAAGAAAGGAAAGAAAAGGGAAGGAAGGAAGGGAAGGGCAAUGUUUAAAGAAACGUUUAAAAAUUAUAGCAAGGAAUGUCCCUUCCUCCUCCCUGGGGCUCCCCCACUUAGAAAGACCCCCCCCCCCUUGACUUUCUCUAGAAACCUGAUGGAAACCUGAAGGAGAUGCGGGUCUCUCCCCUCCCCCCUCCCCUCGGGGUAGAUAGGAGCCUGCAGUCGCCGUUCAAAUCCUACCUAGCCAUCCCAUGGUCACUCGGGCCCAUGCCUUCCUCCCCUUUGCUGUCUGAUUUCUGUUGUUGGGCCCAGCUUCCUCUGAGCUGUACUAGUCUUAGCGCUCAGAAAUCACCAUAAUCAUGAAAAUAAUAAGAAUGAUAAUAAUAAAAAAUAAUAAUAAUAAUAAUAAUAAUAAUAAUACUGAUAAUAAAUCUUUAACAUACUACCUAAAGGGAACCUGCAAUAAUCUUGAAGAAAGAAAAAAGACAUUUUUGAAAAUCCUAAUAUGCAAGAAAAAAAGAGAAAAAAUUUAAAAUUAAAAAAAAAGAAAGAAACCUCCAACGUAUUUUAUCACUACCUAUAGAGAGAAAUCCUGCUUUGAGAGUAUUCGUAAUGCGGUUUUGUUGUCGUUUGUUGCUGCUUAAUUUCACUAAGAAAACCCCAACAACUGAGACUGCCUAGCCCACCGGUCCCGUGCGCUUUUAUUGUGCUUCUAACCCCAGUAGAGUAGAGCUAAAUUGCACUGAAUGUAUAGUUAACUCUGUCUUGAAUUCUCUGUUUAUGCAAUGUGCUCGAAAGAAAAAAAAAAAACGUUAAAAUAUAUCUAUAAUAAUAAUUUUUGGUCAUUUGUCUUUAUGUCCAGCUAUGAAUGUAGAUUUUGUGUCCCGGCAGCAGCCCUGUUCCUGGUCCAAGUACUUUGUAUUGUAUACGUGAGUCAUAAUAAAAAAAAAAAAAAAAAGGAGAAAAACA